AUGGCCAGCAAGCGAGAGCUGCGCCGAGACUUCUCUGUCGACGCAGCGCCCCAAACGGCCGCCACUCUUCCUCGCCGAACCCACCGCAAAUCAAGUCCCGUCAAGCCCGCCGCUGCAGCGACCGCGACUGCGACCACCCCCGCGCACAGCCAUCACUCCAUAGAUAAGGCAAGCGACGCCGAGUCAGAUUCGAGCGUCGUUAGCACAUCUUCCGAGGAGCCCAGCUCCGAGUCAGACGACGAUUCAGAAGGCGAAGACACGCCCAUGGAUACGGAAGAGAUCAUAUCGCUGCCUCUGCCGCCCAAUGCCGACGCUCGCCGCAGAAUUUACCAGCGACGAGCUUCCCCAUCGUCAGCACUUAGCGAGCGUCUAAAGGCAUUCCUGCCGCAAUUAGCUGCUGCAAAUGACGAGCUUGAGAGAGAUCGCGCUGCAGGAAAGCUGCCAGCAAUGGAAAAUGUGGGAGAAGGCGAUGAGAGCUAUAUCGAACUAAACCUAGGCCUCGGUAUACUAAAGGAGAGAGAUCCGAACAAGAUGGAUAGCGAUAGUGAAAGUGAUGAAGACGCCGACGACGAGAUGGAUACCGGUGAAGACGAGGGGGACGUCCUUGCCAAGCUCAUGGGGAAAAAGAAGACGAAGGCUGGAGCUGGCGUACAGGAAGUGUCGGGCCAGUGA